AUGAGUUCCAAUCCUCCACCAAUUAAUUGGUGUGAUAUCCAUAUUGGUACUUUACAAAACACAAACAUAUAUUCUGAUGAUAUUAAAAGGUUCAAAGCUGAUUAUAAAUCAGUUACAGGCUUAAAUGCAUUUGAUGCUGGUAUUGGUGAAAAUCCAUUCUUGAACAAUGAUCUUUAUCCUUGUAAAGUAUCUUUAUACAAAGGUGAUCCAACUAACCCAAGAGAAAAGGCUUCAGCAAAUUUUUAUUCUCUCUUAUGUCCAUUUUGUACAACAUCUUAUAAUUCUCAAAAAAAUAAAGUUGAGACUUUUUUCGAUAUUUCAAAUGGUGAUUAUGAGAGACAUUUAAGAGAACAUCAUGGUGUUUAUACAAAUGAUCUAAAGGCACCACAACCAUAUAUCGGUAAUACGUUGGUCUUUAAAGAUGGUGGUAAUGGCUUACCAAUUAAUGAACAACGUGAGCUAACAAUCACUUGUCCACAUUAUUUAGAAACUUAUGACGGACAAGCAUGUCUUGCAAGUUUUUCAUUUGAUAAAGAUUCAAAAACUCCAUUUGCUGAAUAUUUUAAUCAUUUUCAUCAAUGUCAUGUGUUACAUGAAGAAGAACCAUCAGGGACAAUCCGUUAUAGAUCAACUUAUCGUUCUGGUGGUGAUCAAGGUAAUAGAAAUUUGAUACGUAAUUAUUUCAUUCCACUUCAUUUAAAUUUAUAUUUAAUCGCAUUCAGAUAUUACUUAGAGAACACUAAUAACUAUAGAGAAAUUAAACCAUUACUUGUACCAUCAUGGGAUGAUGAACUUUUCCAAGAAGCUAUGAGAAUAAGCCCAAAUCCAUCACAAAUUCACCCUUCAGUGAAUCUUGAGCUGACCCCUUUACACAAGAAUUUAACUUCACCAUCAGAAGAUUCUGAUUCUGAUUCUGAUAUUGAAUCAGUUUUUGAUGAUGAUGAUGAGCAACUUGAAUUGUAUGAGGAAGCUGAAGAAGAAAUACCUGAAGCUUUGGAUAGUCCUGCUCCAAUUUUAGAUAUUUUAGGACCUCAUCUUGAUGAUUUUCAAUUUGGUGAUUUUCAGGACUUUAAUGGAGUAGGUGAUAUCUUUGGUAAUUUGUUGAACUUUGGUGAAGUAGGUGAUUUACCGGCCCUUGUUGAUGAUGAUGAUGAUGCUGAUGAUGUUAAUGAUGAUGCUGAUGAUGAUGAGCUUGGACUUUUAAAUCACCUUGAAAUUAAUCAAAUCCAUGAAGUUUUAGGUCGACGUUUAGGGCUUAGACGAAAUGCUUUUCUCAAUAAUAUUAAUGAUAUAUACAUGGGAGAUCCAUUAGAUCCACCACUACCUGAAUUUGUUGAAGAGCCUCAAAAUGAAGAAGUUUUUGGUGAUUAUUAUGAUGCAAAUCUUGAUUUUAUUGAAAAUGUUGAAAUUUCAGAUGAUGAAGAUGAUGAUGAAGAUGAUUUUGAAUUUUUACAAGAUGAUUAUGAUGAUGAAGUUCACUUUGAAUUUGCAGAAGAUGACGACAAUGAUGAUGAAGAUGAUGAUGAAGAUGACUUUGAAUUUUUACAAGAUGAUAAUUAUGAUGAUGUUCACUUUGAUUUUUCAGAUGAUGAAGAUGAUGAUGGAGCUCACUUUGUAGUUUCAGAAGAUGACAAUGAUGAUGAUGAAGAUGAUGAUGACUAUGAAUUUUCAGAAGAUGAAGAUGAUGAUGAAGAAGAUGGCGAUGAUGAAGAUUUUGAAUUUUCAAAAGAUGACGAUGAUAAUGAAGAUGAUGAAGAUUAUGAAUUUUCAGAAGAUGAGGAUGAUGAUGAAGAUUAUGAACCCUUAGAAGAUGACCUGGAUGAUCUUAAUGAUAUCCUCGUUAAACCGAUAUAUCCACCACCAGCUUUAAUCAAUGUCAUCAGAGAAACAAGAAAGAGAACAUGA